GCGGCUCCCCCGCCCCGCAGAUAAUGGUGCGCUCCUGUGUUGAAAUUCCGAGAAUUGAGCUGCAGUGUUUCUUAGAACUGGAUUCUCAGAACUGGUGAUGCUCAGAGUUUCGAGGAAACUUUUACAAGGUUUUGACAGCAUGGCCACAACUGCAGAUGGCUGCAUUCAAUUUACACGCCAUGCAGGCGACGUCCUGCUCAACUUCAACCGCCUCCGCAGCAGGAACAUCCUGACUGAUGUCACCAUACAGGUGGACGGACAGAAUUUUCAUGCUCACAAGGCAAUCUUGGUGGCCUGCAGUGGCUUCUUUUAUUCUGUGUUCAUGGAUCCCGAGAACGCAGACCUUAGUGCCAUCAGUUUAGACCCCAAAGUGGACCCUCUGGGUUUCUCCAUCCUGCUGGACUUUAUGUACACGUCCUGUCUGGACCUUAAGGACAGUCUGGCCCUGGUCACCAUGAACACAGCCAUCUACCUCCAGAUGGAACAUGUGGCCGACACCUGCCACAGGUUCAUCAAGUCCAGGCAACAGUCGGUGAAUAUUGAAGAGGUACAGAUUAACUCAUUACAUCUGGCUGAAGAGAGCCCUGCUUCAAGGGUUGUUGAUGAAAAAGAGCCAGACUUUCAGAACAACCACACAUCAACCUCAUCCCCUUCCCAGGAGUGCAGGGGCUACAUCCCCAAUGUUUUCAGGGGGAUCAACACCUCUGGCUCCUAUCAUGUCUACGGUGACCUCCAUGCCGUUGCUGGAAAGAUGGAAGGUUCCCAUAAAGUUGGUGAUCUACCUAGAGGAGGGGCCUCGUCCCAGAAACGAUGCUCACAGGUACCCAGCACUAAUAUGGCUCACAAUGAGUCCAUUACCAUCAUAUCCCACCCUGUGCCACGCCUCUCCAGUUUCCCUACCAGUAUCAUCCGAUCGGCAACAGCCUACGGGAGCCUUCAAAGACCUGACACUCCCAUGGAGGAAGACAGUAUUCAGCAUCCACAGACGAGCUGCUUAAGAUUGUCUCCAGGAUUUAUCAAAGGUGUGAUUUGUAGCCCUCAAAGCCCCCUCAGGUCUGACUGCCAGCCCAACUCGCCCACCGAGUCCAACAGCAGCAAAAACGCGACACUGAGCCUCAAACAGCCCUCAGACUGUCCCAAAGACACCAAGGCCCGCAACUGGAAGAAGUACAAGUUGAUCGUUAUGAACCAAGCUCCUGACGAGAAUGACAAGGAGGUUCAGGGAGGCGACAUUGAAGCUACAGCCAUGUCCCCAACACAGAGCCCCUACAGGAGUGGUGCAGCAGAUGGACACAGUGAGGUUCAGGCAGAAGAGGGAGCCAGAGAAGACCGAGAAGAAAUCCUCAUGUCUCAGAGUUUCGACAGCUGCAGCAGUAGCACCUGUAGCAGCAUCAGCCACCGCAGAUGUUCCUCCUGUGGCUGUGACAGCCCUCGUUGUAUGGAAAAGGGUCACCUUUCUCCUGACUCAUACAGCAGAGAUGACACCACAAAACUACACUCAGAGUAUUCCUCCUCCUUCAGCUGUGAAAACAACACCUACUUCUGCAAUGGUUGUGACUCCAAGUUCACUGAGGAAGAUUCCCUGAAAGACCACAUGGUCCAGGUCCACAGUGACAAGCCAUACAAGUGUGACUGCUGCCAGGCUGCCUUCCGCUACAAAGGCAACCUGGCCAGCCACAAGACUGUCCACACCGGUGCAAAACCCUACCACUGCAACAUCUGCGGUGCCCAGUUCAACCGACCUGCCAACCUCAAGACCCACACCCGCAUCCACUCUGGAGAAAAGCCAUAUAAGUGUGAGACAUGCGGCUCCAGAUUUGUCCAGGUGGCCCAUCUUCGCGCCCAUGUCUUAAUUCACACAGGAGAGAAGCCGUAUCCUUGUGAUAUCUGCGGAACUCACUUCCGCCACCUUCAGACGCUCAAGAGCCACAUGCGCAUUCACACCGGAGAGAAGCCUUAUCAUUGUGAAAAAUGUGACCUUCACUUCAGACACAAGAGUCAGCUGAGGCUUCACCUCCGACAGAAGCACGGCGCGGUCACAAACACCAAGGCUCAAUAUCGCAGGACUCCCAGCAGCAUCAUCACAGGCCUGCUGACCUCUUGCUGAUCCUGCUGCAGUCCUGCUGGAUUUUUUGUUUUCCUUGUGCAUCGGCUGCCAUGUUAAAAGAUUUUUAUUUUUUACAAACCAGUACUUAAAUAGUAUAUAUAGUAUGCCCUUUAUGCAUUUGUAUAUGAUGCUCAUUACUUUAUGUGAGCUCUUUGGUAUUUCAAAGAUUGUUUAUGCUUUUGUUGUGAAUGUCUAACAACAGAAUGUACAUUUUGAAUGUGAAUCUGAGCUGACAUCUCUCUGUUUUAUUGGUGUCAGCUUUGAAGGACAGUCCUCUUUCUCAUUCGAAUUAAUAAUCACUGUUACAGUUUGGCUUUAGAUACUGGUAUGAAUUUGACCAGUAACACGGUCACAAUUUAUGCAGUUAUUUUUUAUUGUGUUAGGUUUGUAAAUAAGAUAAUAUAUAUUUUCAGAUUGCCAUCUGCUGGCAGAGUACGAAUACAUUUAGUUUGUUUUUCUUACAUGCAGUGAGCUUCACUUCCUGUCAAUAACACAAGGGCUUGUUAUUUUGUCAUUUCAUCGUUUUGUGGUACGUAUUGUAAUGUGCGUUGUCGUUCGCUUGAAAAAGUAUUUUCUUAUUUUUCCCCAAUAAUUUCUAAGCUCCUUUUGGUAUUUUGCACAUACUCAUAAUGCUGUACUUCAUAUAUUUUCAUACUUUUCAUUCAAAUAUUUCUACUUAAAAUGUUCCUGACAUGUUUGAAAAUGUAUGUUAAACCCCCAAGCCCAGCUUUUGCUGUUCUCUUAUUUAUAUUCUAACUUUUCUUUGCUGUAUUGUAUUACAUUUUGGUGCUGCAAUGAUCCAUUUUCAAAAGUGGGGGGAAAAAAGUUGAAAAAUGUUAUCUAGCCUUGUGUAUUAUAGUGCACUCGUACAAACUGGUAUAUUCAUAGUGCCUUACAUUCACAGUUUUCUAUUGGCUACUCCCCAAAACUAUUAAUAUGUUCAAGUUUGACAACAUGAAAGUCCCUGUAAUUAUAGAUUGCUUUUGUGAUCUAUUUCACAUCUGGUACGUUGCCCUAUUGUCAAGUGCAUGCAUGUCAGGUACUGUUGUUUUGGAAGCUAAUAGUCUGUUGUAUGUAGCUCUUAAAAUGCAGAUACACCAGGCCUCAAGCUUAAAAAUGCUCAGGAAUAUUAGUAAUAUGUAAGCAAAUGUCUUUGUAACUGCAGAAUAUAAAUAUAUAUA